ACACACACGCCUGACACAAUGGCCGGGUGGGGCUGAGGAACUGGCUUCCUUUGCGGAGAUCUCAAUCUGGGCCUUGGGUUCCCGUCCCAGAAACACAGGAACAGACACUCGGAGACCUGGCCCCAUACUCCUUGCUCCAAGGGGCAGGCAGGACAGGCUGAAAAUACAAACCGCUUCCAAAAAGAUAAAGGGGAUGACUCCAGCAGAGCACCCCACUCCUUUGAAGAGCUCAGGGGAAGAUGUCAGACCAGUCUCUUCCUAUAGCAACACCCCCUACCCAGAAGCCCCCUCGGAUCAUCCGCCCCCGCCCUCCCUCUCGACCUCGGGCUGCCCAGUCCCCAGGGCCCCCGCACAAUGGCUCCUCUCCUCAAGAAUCCUCUGUCACCGCCAAUGAUGCACCAACCCCAAUGUGCACCCCCAUCUUCUGGGAACCCCCAGCCUCUUCCCUCAAGCCCCCUGCCCUUCUGCCCCCUUCAGCUUCUAAGGCCAGCCUCGACUCCCAGACUUCCCCAGACUCACCUUCUAGUACCCCCAGUCCAGUGUCCCGGCGCUCCAUCUCCCCAGAACCUGCUCCCAGGUCUCCAGUCCCCCCUCCCAAACCCUCCGGCUCACCCCGCAGGCCUCUGCCCCUACCCCAUACAGCCUCCCCCGUUCCAGCCCAGGAUGGCUCUGCCUCUGCCCCAGGCACUGUACGGAGACUGGCUGGCAAAUUUGAAUGGGGGGCUGAAGGCCGGGUCCAGGCUGCAGAUGCCCCGGAGCUAGCUUCCCAAGGGGGAGCUGAUGUGAAUGGGGAGAGAGAGACUCCCCAGGGCAUCCUCAUGAGAAGGGGCUCUCAGGAGAAUGGCGCUCCGGAUGCUGCCCAGGCCUGCCCUCCCUGCUGUCCCUGUGUCUGCCAUGUAGCCCGGCCUGGCCUGGAGCUCCGAUGGGUCCCUGUGGGGGGCUUGGAGGAUGGCCCCAGGGCACCCUGCCGAGCCUCCCCACUGCGGACCUCCCGCUCCCGCCCCAACCCUUCCAGCAACAGUCACCCCUCAGUGGUCCUCACGUCCUACCGCUCCACUGCUGAGCGCAAGCUCCUGCCACCUCUCAAACCCCCAAAGCCAACUCGGGUCAGGCAGGAUGCCACCAGCUCUGGGGACUCCCCACAGCCAGAUCUCGAUCUGCCGUCUGAAGAUGGAAGCCAAACAGGGAAUAUUCCGGAUGAAGCUCCUCAGAACGCCCCUCCAGCAACCAUGGAGGGCAGGGAUGAGGAGAGCCUGGAGGAGCUGAAGGAGCAGAACUGGGAGCUGCCCCUGCAGGAUGAACCCCUGUACCAGACCUACCGAGCAGCUGUGCUGUCAGAGGAGCUGUGGGGCAUUGGUGAGGAUGGGAGUCCCUGUCCAGCAAACCCUGGAGAAGCUCCCACCUUUGCCCGGCUCCCUGGCCCUCGAAACACUUUGUGGCAGGAGCUUCCAGCUGUGCGAGCCAGUGGCCUCCUGGACACCCUCAGCCCCCAGGAGAGGCGCAUGCAGGAGAGCCUGUUUGAGGUGGUGACAUCCGAAGCCUCCUACCUGCGCUCCUUGAGGCUGCUGACCGACACCUUUGUGCUGAGCCAGGCCCUCCGGGACACGCUUACCCCCCGGGAUCACCACACCCUCUUCUCCAAUGUGCAGAGAGUCCAGGCAGUCAGCGAGCGGUUUCUAGGGACGUUACUGUCCCGUGUUCGCUCUUCCCCCCACAUCACCGACCUUUGCGAUGUGGUGCAUGCCCACGCCGUGGGUCCUUUCUCGGUAUAUGUGGAUUAUGUGCGCAACCAGCAGUAUCAGGAGGAGACCUACAGCCGCCUUAUGGACACAAAUGUGCGCUUCUCUGCGGAGCUGCGGAGGCUGCAGAGCCUCCCCAAGUGUGAGCGGCUCCCACUGCCGUCCUUCCUGCUGCUGCCGUUUCAGCGCAUCACCCGGCUCCGCAUGCUGCUGCAGAAUAUCCUGCACCAGACAGAGGAGGGGUCCAGCCGCCAGGAGAAUGCCCAGAAGGCCCUGGGUGCUAUCAGCAAGAUCAUUGAACGCUGCAGUGCUGAGGUGGGGCGCAUGAAACAGACUGAGGAGCUGAUCCGGCUCACCCAGAGGCUCCGCUUUCACAAAGUUAAGGCCCUGCCCCUGGUCUCCUGGUCGAGGCGCCUGGAGUUGCAAGGGGAGCUGACGGAGUUAGGGUGCCGGAGGGGGGGCGUGCUCUUCACCUCGCGCCCCCGCUUCACUCCCCUCUGCCUGCUGCUCUUUAGUGACCUGCUGCUCAUCACUCAGCCUAAGAGUGGGCAGCGACUACAGGUGCUGGACUAUGCCCAUCGCUCCCUGGUUCAGGCCCAGCAGGUUCCAGACCCCUCUGGACCCCCUACAUUCCGCCUCUCCCUUCUCAGCAACCACCAGGGCCGCCCCACCCACCGGCUACUUCAAGCUUCGUCCCUAUCAGACAUGCAGCGCUGGCUGGGAGCCUUCCCCACCCCAGGCCCCCUUCCCUGCUCCCCAGACACCAUCUAUGAGGACUGUGACUGUUCCCAGGAUCUGUGUUCAGAGCCUUCUACACCAGCCAAGACUGAAGGACCGAGUCUGGAGUCCAGGGCUCCCCCCAAGCACCUGCACAAGAGCCCUGAAGGCUGGCUGAAGGGGCUUCCUGGGGCCUUCCCUGCCCAGCUGGUGUGUGAAGUCACAGGGGAACAUGAAAGGAGGAGGCAUCUUCGCCAGCACCAGAAGCUCCUCGAGGCUGUUGGACCCUCUUCAGGAACCCCCAGUGCCCCCCAACCCUAAUGAAUGUGGGGGAGGGGGCACAGGCUGGGACAGCUGGCAGCUGGCACAGAGAGGACAAAGCUCAUCCAUCUAUGGGAUUCGCUGUCAGUGGAAACACUACCUCGAGCCCAGGGGGCGGGGAGAACGAGGGUGGUUUGAGUGUUGCCAAUGGAGACAGAGGCUUAGUGCAGAGUUCCAAUGGGUGCUGAGCUGGCUGAUCUGGACCCAAGAGAUCAGCAGUGAACCUGCUGGUUCUACAGCAACAACCAGUCCUACCCUUUGGGUCUAGAAAAUACUAGUUUUCGUUCUCAGGGUGCCUCCUGUGUCUUUUCAAGCCACUUUUUCUCUUCUAGAAGAAUCCACUGUUUCUCAGAGAAUCUGUGAGUGUGUGUGUGUGUGUGUCUGCGUGCAUGUGUGUGUAUGUACCUGUUGAGUGUGGUAUGUGUGUGAUCUUACCUCCUCCCAGAUGACUGACUGUCCCAUUUCUUCCCUCAGCCCCCAUUUUAACUAUUAGCCUCUCUGAGAAAGGCACUAGAUCUGAGUGUCAGAGGAGAAUUAGUUGUGUGUGGCUUGGCACCCAGAGGCCAGAGCUGGGGAUGAGAGCCCUGGGAUCUGGGUCUCCUGGAGGCCAGAGCUCCAUGACAAUUGGAGGGUGAUGUUAUGGAGCAGACAAGCAGCUUGGCAGAGGAGCCCAAGGGUUGAAGAUGGCCAGUAGCUGGGGCCCGAGGUCUCUGGAAGCCCACAAGCCCUUCUCCUUGCUCCAAAGCUUGGCGUCCAUAAUCUUUGCCAGGAAAUCCCCUGACUGAACUAUAAUCAGCAUCCAGCUCACAAUUGGGCUUCAGACUGGCUCUUGAACCCAGGUUUGGGUGAAGAAACGGAAGCUGUGGAUCAUGGUUCAGCUGCUGAACCUCCAGGGGUUUCUUGCCUUCAUCCUGGUCCUCUUGAAGAAACAUGGGGCUAAGCAGUGGGCAGAGAAUGGAGAGCAGUGUUGCUGCCCAACCCUCUCCAGAGUGUCUGCUUCCAGAUGAGAACUGCCCCCGGUGAUGCCAGAAGGAGGUGAGGGACCGAGAGAGAGUGGAGCAGACAGUUGCUGGGGUGUGGGGCCCAGGUCUGGCACAAGGCCUUCCCUGAGCUAGGCCAUCACACCUUCCCUUCAGCUCAUGCAUAGCAACUUGCCCAAGACAGAAACUGCCACGCUGACCACAAGAGGUGUAGGGAUUCUGGGAGACUGAGGAAAAAAGACACUGGCAUUUGGCAUGUUUAUGACUUUGAAGAUUCACCUAGCACAGUGCCUGGCAUAUGAGAAACCCUCAAUAAAUGUUGGUGGAGCUGUAUUGAAGCUCUUCAGGGAACUGUGUGCUUAAGAAGCAGUGAUUUCCAAAUGUGGCUUUAUAAAGUGGGUAGGGCUUGUUGGAAAGGGAUUCUUUGAGAGCAGAGGUCAGUUCUGCUGGGAACUGGGCUUGGAGACUAGGCGCAAGGCCCCAGGGUGUCAACCUACUCACAGAUGC